CCCCUCGUUCCAAAAUAAUCGCGCUUUGUCCGUCCAAGAUGUCGGCGCCCGUGGAGGUUGUAGUAACUGCUGAUUCGGCAGGGCAGCUGUGGAACUGCGCUAUUUUCGACCCUCAUACCGGAACAAAUCUCUUAUCUUACCGAGGGGGGAAUUCAUCAGCCCGCUCUUUAACCAUCCUCAACGGAGAAUACAUCCUCGGAGCUCAACUCGGCAAGAACUUCAUCAACGUGUGGGAGAUACAAAGAAAGGACCAACUGCAGCAGAAAAUUGUGUGUCCUGGGAUUGUAACCUGCCUAACAGCCUCCCCAGAUGGUCUCUAUGUGCUGGCGGGCAUUGCUGAAGCGAUAUAUCUAUGGGAGGUUUCAACAGGAAACCUGCUGGUUAUUUUGAAUCGCCACUACCAGGACUUGAGCUGCCUGCGUUUCACUGAUGACAGCAGCCAUUUUGUGUCAGGGGGAAAGGACAAUCUGGCACUUGUAUGGAACCUUGCCAGUGUCGUACAGUUGGACUCAUCUCACACGCCAGAGCCUCGGCAUGUGUUAUCACGUCACUCUCUCCCCAUCACAGACAUACACUGUGGGCUGAUGGGACCUCAGGCAAGAGUGGCCACUGCGUCUUUAGACCAGACUGUUAAGCUGUGGGAAAUUUCCUCUGGAGAGAUGCUUUUGUCAGUCCUCUUUGACGUCAGUAUCAUGUCGGUGACCCUUGACCCCUGUGAGUACUUCCUGUUCUGUGGAGGCAGUGAUGGAAAUAUCUUUCAGGUGUCCCUCUGUAAUACGGCUUUGAGUCGGGAUAAGACCUUCCAGUCGGAUGGCGAAGGCAAUCAGGUGUUCAAAGGCCACAGGAACCUAGUGACGUGCCUGUCUGUUUCCAUGGAUGGUACGCUGCUGCUCUCAGGUUCGCAUGACGAGACUGUCAGGAUGUGGGACGUUCAGAGCAAGCAGUGCAUCCGCUGCAUCAACCACAAAGGUCAGGUGACCAAUGCUGCUAUUAUUCCAGCCCCUGGCAACAUGUUCCUGCCCGACAGUCGGCCUGGCAUCCCGUUACCUCGCUUCAGCCGUCAUCUGAACAAUUCGGAGCAUGCUGAGGGAGCCGGAACGGGAGGAAUGUGUCUCAGGCUGGGCACCAACUGCCAGGAGCCAGAGGAGACGUAUCUGGAGAAGGCAGACCGCCUUCAUUCUCUUAUGUGUGCUGUUACAGACAAGAGCGUAUUCGGUGAUGGAGAGAACACAAAGGUACGCGUGUCGGAGUUGGAAGAAGAGGUGAGGACCCUGAAGAAAAUCAACAAAGAUUUGUAUGAGUUUUCCACACAGCUCCUUACAAAGCCUAAUUAAAAAGACCUUCUUGAAGUGACCUCAUUUUAACCAGAGAGGAGCUUGUUUAAAUCGUGGCUGUUCAUGAAUAAAACGUCAGUCAAAUGUAUGUAUGAAUUUGGUCACACACGGUGAUUUGGUCUCUUUUUUUUUUCCUAUGAGGUAUUAGAAAUUCUCAGAACAUGUGAGAUGGGUCUGACUUUGUAUGAUAAACAUCUUUUUAAAUAUUCAUCCUGUCCACAUUUUUGUAUACUGUUUCUACAUUGAGAUGCAGAACUGACCGUCAUGUACUCAAUAAAACAUGGAAUAGAAUCCAUUAAUAAUGCAAAGCAAUAAUUUGGGAUGAGCUCGGUUUUAAUUUAUGAAUUCUGCAUUUGGCAAAAAUGAAUUUCCUCAUAUUGCUUUAUAAUCUGUAGUGUUUUCUCACGGACCGGUUUGUUCUUAUUGUUUCCUCAUUUUUUGGGGAAAAAAAUACAAUUCUUAUCAAAUUACAGGAAGAAAACAGAACCAAACAACUUUUCACAUCUAAUUUUAGGAAGAAAAAACAUACCCUUCCACCAGUGCAAAUGGGUUUCCACUGUUUGAUAGCCAUCUUAAAGUUUACUGCACUGGGCUUAAUGUUCUAUAAACACCUUUCUGUCCAUUGCAGCUUAUUUGCGGGGGGGGGGGGGGAGAUUUUCCCUGGCAAGAGAUGUCAACUCAUCUUUCCUCUUACACUCGUUGUUGCACUUUCUGUGACCCGCACAAGCAUAUUUCUACCAUUUUCUAGUUUCUCCUGAAUCAAUAAAAAGACCUCAAAGUCAAUCUCAACCAACUUAUAUUUUUAAAAAAGAAAACUUUCUUAUUCAGCUAAAGAACAUGCCGCUGUUCCAAACAUAUGAAGCACUGGAUUUUUAUCUAGUUAACUCAUUUAGCCUUUGUGAUGUAGAUCUGAAACUUCAGAUCUCAUCGACUUAAGCAGGAUGUGAAGAUGGCAGAUAACCAGUGCCUGCUGCACUCAUCACUUUCCUUUUGAAUUACACUUUUUCACCUGUUCCUGUUCACAGUGCGGGGAAUUGCUUUUGUGUGCUCACACAGCACCUUCAUCCUAUGCAUUUAGGCAGCAGAAGUUUAUUGAGAAUUGACAUUGUGUGAAAAUGGGAAAUUCAGGGAAAGAAAAAAAAAACUCAAGAAACACCUCAACUAAAACCUUUCUCAGGCUAUACAGUUUGUCUUACUUUUUUUUU